AUAAUGUAUGUAUUGUUACGACCACCGAGUAAACACGCAUUUUAAAGGUGUGCAGAUUUUGCGGCGUUCGGGAGGAGCCUCCGCUACGCCUCGCUUGUCACUAUGCCCGCUGACCCACAUUCGCGAGACCGCUCGCUCGAGGAAGUGCGCGCAUGAAAUUCAGCAUUGCAUCUCUAGUUAUUGCGCCGAUUAUUCAACGCAGCGCUGCAUUGUGAUCUCGGGGCCAAGGAGCUUAUAUCUGACAGGCACCUGUGUGAGUGUGUUUCUCUGCUUUCACAUUGGCAGGUCCUCUUCACCAAUGUCUUCCCAAUGCAUCAGGUUUUUUAACCCCAGACUGAUCCAUGAGACAGCAUUAUCAUGAGCUCCAGAGACAGAGUUUCGAGAAAUAAGUCAGAGAAGAAAAGGCGAGACCAGUUCAAUGUCCUCAUUAAGGAACUUGGCACCAUGUUGCCUGGAAAUACACGCAAAAUGGACAAGUCUACAAUAUUGCAGAAAAGCAUAGACUACCUGCGCAAGCACAAAGAAAUUGCUGCACAGUCUGAGUCAAGUGAGAUCAAGCAAGAUUGGAAACCCCCAUUUCUUAGCAAUGAAGAGUUUACACAGCUGAUGCUAGAGGCGCUGGAUGGGUUCUUCAUAGUGAUGCUGACAGACGGCAACAUCAUUUACACCUCAGAAAGCGUAACUUCUCUACUUGAGCAUUUAGCCUCGGACCUGGUGGAUCAGAACCUUUUAAACUUUCUACCAGUGGGGGAGCAUGAAGAAGUCUAUAAAGCUCUGUCCUCACACCCAGACAUUGAAAACCUCAACUCUGAUUACCUCAAAUGCAAGAACCAGAUGGAGUUUUGUUGUCACAUGCUCAGAGGUUCUGUGGAUCCCAAGAAACCACCUGUGUAUGAAUAUGUCAAGUUUAUUGGCAACUUUAAGUCACUCGCCAACAUGCCUCUUGCAACCCGAAAUGGCCUUGAGGGAAUUUUACAGCACUCGUUGCAGCCGGCCUUCGACGAUAAAGUCUGUCUUCUUGCGACUGUGAGGCUCGCCAAACCCCAGUUCAUCAAAGAGAUGUGCAUAGUGGAGGAGCCCAAUGUUGAAUUUACAUCUCGACACAGUCUGGAGUGGAAAUUCCUCUUAUUAGAUCACAGAGCACCUCCUAUCAUUGGCUAUAUGCCCUUUGAGGUGUUGGGAACAUCAGGCUAUGACUAUUAUCAUGUAGACGACUUGCAUUCACUGGCCAAAUGCCAUGAGCAUUUAAUGCAGUUUGGAAAAGGGAAAUCAUGUUAUUACCGCUUUUUAACUAAAGGGCAGCAGUGGAUUUGGCUCCAGACUAACUACUACAUCACCUAUCACCAGUGGAACUCACGACCAGAGUUUAUCGUGUGCACGCACACAGUUGUGAGUUAUGCUGAGGUGCGAGCAGUGCAGAGGAGAGAGAUGGGUAUAGAGGAAUCUCCCCUUGAGUUGCCCGGAGAUAAGCAGUCUCAGAUUUCUGGCUCUGAAUCUCAGUUAAACACCUCCAGACUGAAGGAGGUUCUGGAGUGCUUCAGUCGCACACCUUCCACCUCCUCAAGGAGCUCCCGCAAGUCCUCGCACACCGCUGUCUCCGACAACACCUGUACCUCAACUCCCUCUAAGCUACAGAUGGAUGUGAGCACUCCACCCCGGCCCGCCACUGUUGAUAUGACACCCCAACGUCGUUCCUCUAUCAGCACCCAUUCCAUGAGUUCUCAAAAAAACAAUCAGACUGGAUCUCCGGUCCAAAUCAACCAACAGCAACAACCUCAACCACAGCAGCAGGUUCAACCUAAUGCCCUGUUCUCUGCACAGUUGAACGCAAUGCAGCACCUGAAGGAGCAAUUGGAGCAAAGGACAUGCAUGAUCGAAGCUAACAUUCAGAAACAGCAGGAGGAACUGAGACAGAUUCAUGAGCAGCUCCAGAGGGUGCAGGGACAGGGCACUCAGAUGAUACUGCAGCAGUCGGGUGGUGGACUGAGUGUACAGUUGCCGCAAGUUGGAGGAGCACAGACUAACAUUUUAGGGGUUGGAGCACAGACUGGGGUCAUAGCUAUACAAGGCCAAAAUGUGACAAGUACAGCACAGAGUGGGACUGUUCCACAGCAACAAGCACUUCCACAGCAACAGGCUCCUCGUUCCCUGCAGCAGGGCUCUUCUGUUACACAGCAUGGUCCUGUGUAUAAUACCAUGAUGAUCAGCCAGCCUGCCAAUGCCAAUGUUGUGCAGAUACCCAGCAGUCUGGCACCAAAAAUAAAUCAGGGAAAUGCAAUCAACAGGUUUCCUGCCGGGCAGCAGUUGAUCACUAAGAUUGUGACGGCUCCAGUGGCGUGUGGCGCUGUCAUGGUACCCACAACAAUGUUUAUGGGUCAGGUUGUGACAGCUUAUAGCCCGUUUGCACAGCAACAAGGUCAGACACAGACCAUAGCACUGCAGCCUCAGUCAACAGUGCCUGCAGAACAGGCUCAAACUACCACAUUACAAACAAGUCAACAGCAGGGGGCGACGCAGCAACCAUUUUUACAGGUAACAAAGCAUGCACAUAGUUUCAUUUUGAGUCUACUCAGAACUAUGAUUCAGUGAUUGGUAUGCAUCAC